AGGGAGAUUUACGGGUGUUACGUUGUUCCAAAGAAUGUGUUUGUUUCAACUAGAGAAAACCAAGGGAUGUAAUAAUAUGAAAGAUACGCAGGAGACAUAGCGAAUCCAUCAGGCCUGGUGGCCGCGAGACCCGAGUUAGUGGAGCGUUCGCUGCUUGCUUCGAUCAAUGUGCAGCUCGGGCUCACUGACGACAGUAGGGAGGUAGAGUCGGAGCGAGCAGUUGCGUCGCACACCUCGAUCAUGGCGGGGUGUCGGUGUGCAUGUGUAUAGACAGCUGAUAGACAAGAUGUGUAUUACGGUUGACACGGAAAGAUACCAUUUUGCACGAGGAGAAAGUGACAUCGGCAGCACAGUGCACGAGCUCCGCUAGGGGGCAAGUUGUACAUUUCGUACCCAGGGUUCCUAGCGGCUGUAGUGGCGGAGUUAGCCGGGAAGGGAGUUGGACGCAGUAUGGCCCUACAUCGGCCAUCUCAACCCGCGAGACAGGGGUCAAAGAACGACAUCGAUAAGGAGGAAGAAGACACAGAGAAUAACGGAUACAUUCAGAUUUUUGUGAAACCGCUUGAACAAGGCAAUUACGGCUUUUUCCUCAGUUGGUUCGGGCUGAGCAACACGAAUUUCUCAAGCCAUCAACUCGGCGCUCUCUACGGAGUUGGUGUGUUGUUGACCAGUGCAGUCUUCUACCAGUUGCUAAGAUGUGAUGUUGGAUUGUUAUUCCAAAGGUUAUGUGGUCUUGUUGUUCCCAUGUUCAGUAUAUUAUGUGCAUUCUACUGGCUGUCUCUGUACUUUCGUCGAACUUGGAGCACUACGAGUGUGUAUCUACUGUUUAGUUCAUGCUAUCUUGGAGAAACACUAGCACAGGUAUUCUUACGAGACUGGGGUGCUUCCCACCCUUCCGACCUCACCCCCCAGGCGGGUGUAACCAUUAACAGCGUCACCCAGCCAUUAGUUAUAGUGUUCGUUCUGCUGGCGAUCAGCAUAGCGAGUGUGUUUUCAUCACUCGAAACAAUACACAGUGCUGUAGUUAUUUUACUUGUCAGUUUCACGCGGUUCCUAGCAUGUUCCGCGUUAGCAGAUUUGCCUCAAGGAAUAAGACCCUACGUAGCAUAUACAUGCGGGUUUGCAGGCAUACUGGUAGCCAAAUACAUGGAAACAGUGUUAAAACCCCCUAUACAAAACUUUAUGACCCAAGACGGGAAAAUCCCAGUUAUCAAACGUCGACGAUCAAGUUCAUCGAGUGCUCAUGCAUUUUCUGCACACAGAUCAGCUCGGAGGACAUCGCUUCCAGCGCUCAUUCAGAAAAGCCAGUGGAUGGACUCGUACGGUAUAUGGAGAAAGAGUUCAUCAGUAGGCUAUGAGAGUGCCAUCAUUGGCGAGGCGCAUGGUUUGAUCAACGACAUGUUGGCGGACACCAACUUGCCCCCCCACGUUGUGAGUGGCCUGCGGGUGGUCAGCAGUCUCCUGAAGCCGCCAGAGAGUCACUCGGGCAUCCACAAGCCAAAAGUCAGCCCCCUUGUGUCUCUCACCGAGUCCACAUCAUAUGGCUCGGACAGCGAGGAAAGUCCGUAUACAGGGGAACGACCAUCUUCAUUGCCAAAGCGUCUGCGUCGCAGCUUGCCUCCCAGUUUGAUCCGGCGGAUGUCAACCAGUACUUGGACGACCACAACAUCGGCUACCGGCAUGCCCACCCUGGAACCAGAACCCUGCCGUAUACGUAGUGCAAGUUUCCGCCACUCGCGAGAGGGGACGCCGGGCUCCAGUCCUAAUGGUAGUCGUAGCAACAGCCCCUCACCAAGUUCCAACACAACAGUAGUCCUGACAAUACCAAAGUCUCGUUCCUUUUCUUUGGCAUCAGCUCCCACAUCUCAGUCUCAUCCACGCACUCGCUUCAUGCGAAGAAGCAUGGUCGCCACAUCUUCAGAGAGUGCCAUCAGCCCCACCAAGGCAGAAAGUAAAGGAUUAUCUCCCCUUGUAAAGUCAGACGCGCAAGAUGACGGAGACAGGGCGAAGGUCAGUGCCCUGUCUAAAGAACUUCAGUGCUCUGCGUUUAGCAAGCGGUUUAACAUCACAUCAGACUAUGAGAGCAGUGACUCCCCAAGCAGCAGCGACCACAGUGAUAACGUAGGGACUAAUGAAGAACUCGUGGGAUCGCCACCAAAGAAGCAGGAGGUGUUGAGGAGUCCGGUAGAGAUGAAGACGAAGACGGAAGAACGGGUACCAGAUCCUGAGGGAAACGCAGCUGUGGAAGCGCCAGAGGAGGAGGAAUCUCAAGUAGAUGGCAGCACUGAAAAUAAACUUUUAUUCGAAGUCUCCGAAGUGGAGGAGGCUCCUCUUUUACAAAUUAGUCGAUUAAAUGAUUGGGAUUUCCCCGUGUUUGAUCUGGCUGACAGUGCGGGAGAGUUUGUUCUUAGUAAGGUUGCAUAUAAGUUAUUUAUGGAAGUGGGUCUAUUUGAAACAUUCCGGAUACCUCUAGCUGAGUUUAUAAAUUAUUUCCACGAUCUGGAGCUGGGAUAUAGAAUAAAACCAUAUCACAAUCGUGUUCACGCAACGGACGUAUUGCACGGGGUGUACUUCCUGUCAACUCAGCCCAUUCCGGGCUUCACGCAGGUGACAACGGGAGAUAUUCUGUCUCGCCACGGGUCGUCCAGUGAGUCAGAAUCCGACAACUGUGAUCGCACUGGUAUUAUUCAUAGGCAGAGUUUUGCUGCUGAAGACAGUUACGGCAUAAUGGGGGGGAACUUCCCGGCCCUGGAGCUGAUGGCCAUGUACACCGCCGCCGCCAUGCACGACUACGAUCACCCCGGACGCACUAACGCUUUCCUUGUAGCAACAAAUGCACCACAGGCUGUUCUGUACAACGACCGCUCGGUGUUAGAGAACCAUCAUGCAGCAUCGGCGUGGAGAAUAUUUUUGACGAAACCACAGAACCACUUCCUGUCUGGACUGGAUGCCGCCGAGUUCAAGCGCUUCCGCUUCCUGGUGAUAGAGGCUAUCCUGGCCACCGAUCUCAAACGCCACUUCGAGAUACUUGCGGAGUUCAACACAAAGGUAAAUGACGAGGAUGCGAGUGGCAUUGACUGGACGCAGGAGACUGACCGGCUGUUGGUGAUGCAGAUGGUCAUCAAACUGGCGGACAUCAAUGGUCCGGCCAAGAAGCAGGACCUCCACAUGAGAUGGACUAUGAGUAUAGCUGAAGAGUUCUAUGAGCAGGGAGAUGAAGAGGCAAGGCUUGGGAUGCCAAUCUCCCCGUACAUGGACCGGACCAACCCCCAGCUGGCCAAACUGCAGGAGACCUUCAUCAACCACUUGGUGGCGCCACUGUGCAACGCCAUGGUGAUGGGGGGCCUGCUGCCGGGCACAUGGGUGGAGGAGGACAGUGACGGCGAGAGUCAGUCGGACACCGACAAGGGAGAGAGCACGUGUAAAGAUACAGAGGAUGAGACAGAGACAGACCAGGAGUCAGGUGGAGGGCUGGUGGUUCCUGCCAAGAGGAAGAAGACACGGAAGGUCAACUGCAUCUUCACAAAGAACAUGAAGGAUAACUAUGACUACUGGAUGAUAAAACUGAGGGAGGAGGAGGCCGAGCGGAUGGCCAAUGAGGUGGACAUGAGUCAGACUUCGAUGCAGCCUGAUAUGCUUAAUGAGAAGUCUGAAAUUAAAGAGAUGGAGUCAAUCAAAGAAGAAUCAGAGUCGCCUCCCCCCACGGCCACACUCCCCCAGACAGGAAAGACGUUUGAUGAAACUAAGCAGAGUUCUGAUAAAACUUGACAGCAUUCAUUCAGCUUCGAGGAAUGCUAACAGUAUAGACUGUCACUUCUUUGGAGGCAAAGGACUGAUCAAUGGCAUCUUGUACUACCUUGGAGCAGUAAUAGACUUGCCACAGACAGUGGAUGGGAUAGUCCAUUAUGAUAGUAUGGGUAUUUGUACUGAACAUGAGGUUCAGUAAACUGGGAAGUAAAAUGUUCUCUUGAAAUACAGGAUUGUCCCAUUUCAGGAAAAAAAACCUGAACACCCCUCUUUACAAUAGUGGACUCCAAGAUGCAGAAGGGAGAAAGUGUCUGUUGUCAUGGAGAUGGAUCAGGCAUGUCUACAGCGUGUGGAAUCCAGGAUUUUUAUCUCUGUACAAUUUGAAACCAAUGUGUAGUCAUGCUUGAUCACGUGACGGAUCAUGUGAUGGAUCAUGUGACUGAGAUUUCGCCAUUCUUACCUCAAACCAAAUUUGGCAUGUUGGGAUCCCGAUACUGAUGCUGCUCAACUCAUGUGACGACUUUCAAGUGAAAGUAUUUUUGGAAUAAUGCCGACACUCUUUUCAACAACCUAACCACGCCCGUGUAGCUCCCAACACCACAUUAUUGACCAUGCACUGAUGCUGACUCAGCCCCAUCCUUGCUGCUUGUCUAGGAAACACUGACUGGAAAUCAUCUGAACUGACUAUAGAGGUGCUAGACCCCCAGAUUUGGUGUAUUGGAAUAAGUAUGUACACAUUGUCUCUGUAUGUUGAAAUGACUGUUCUGUGUAUAUAUUGUUUGUAUUUUCUUCUACAGUGUUGUGUACAUAUUUGUCUAAGUCCUGUUAAACAAACACGUGGAAUACUGGAAUACUCUGGGUUUCCAUGUGCACAAUUUUAUUUAUAUAUGGAAAAAGAUUUAUGAUGAAUUUUUAACAAAUGGUAUAUUUAUUUUGGAUCUGUCAGGCUUGUUGUCUUGUUGUCCUUGCUGUUAUGAAGUCCGUAAGUCAUCAGAACUAGCCUUGCAGGGUUGUUCCCCCUUGUUGAAUUAUUUGCUACUGUGAUAGAUGAGUUACCUCCCCUUGAUCUCAUGCUUCUCAACCCAUUGCACCACCAAAUUACUCUCAAUAUUCUAACCCUAGUAGGUCAGGGAUAUAAGACAAUUAACCAGUGCAAACUAGAACGGAAGAUUGUUAAAAUAUUAAUAAUUAAAAUCUUCACAUGACAUAACUAUCCCUCUCUCCCUGAGUGGUUUACUCAUUCAUGAGUAGAAUGAAAAACAAUUAUCCAGCUUCUAAGAUCAAAGUUAUUUAAAAGUGAGGUCAAAUCCUUGUUUACUCUGAUCAAGGGGAGGCAACCCAGUCCACCAACUCUGAUCAUAUUCACGUUUUGACUGUUAAGAUUUCAUAUCCCUGUUGAGAAAUAUCGAUAAUGAUGUAAAACAUAUUGAAUAAUGCCAUAUGACAGAGUCCAGACUAGUAAAGCAGGGUAUGACUGA